AUGGAAUGGAAGAAGGAAUAUGAAACUCCGCCUGCCUCUGAACUGCUUCACCUCCUCCUGAAGGACAGACGUCCAACUGGUCAUUUUAAUAAAGUCUGGCCAAACAUUUACAUUGGGGAUGCACACACGGCGAAGAAUAAAGCUGCAUUGCUGAGUUUGGGAGUUAGCCACGUGGUAAACACAGCUGACGGGCCGAGCCACGUUGAGACUGGCGCAAGUUUCUACUCAGACACUAACAUACAGUACCACGGCACAGAGGCCACAGACAGCAAAGACUUCGACCUCAGUCCGUUCUUCCAUGAGGUGGCGAAUUUUAUCCACGAAGGACUCUCCCACCAAUCUGGAAAAGUGUUUGUUCAUUGUGCCAGGGGGAUCAGCCGAUCUGCCACCUUGGUGCUGGCCUACCUCAUGAUCUGGGAGAAGCUCACUCUUGUUGAGGCCAUAGAAGCCAUACGGAAACAUCGGAACAUUCUGCCCAAUGCUGGCUUCCUUCAACAGCUCUGUCAUCUGGAUGCACGCCUGGCAUCAGAGAGGAGAGGCAGCUGA